AUUAUGUUAUUUAUUGACAUCGAAGAUAAAUAUAAACAUAAUACCCAAACAUUCCCAACUUGUGCAGUCGCCAUAAAAAUAUCAUUCUCGAAGAACUUCGCUAUGCUAAUGUGUCGAGCGUGUGGUCAAAGUUUCUUUGACAAAGAUCACUGUGAAAGCCUGGAAAAAUACGUAGAUACUUACUUUAACUUAACAACAAUCCAGAUUCGAGAUUAUGAAGAUCCAAGCCAAUCGAAAGUGUGCGGUCGAUGUGUGUUGAAACUAAAUGAAUUUUCUCAGUUUCGUAAACUUUGCUUGCAGGUUCACUGGCGACUGCACAAGAUUAAAGUUGAAAAAUCAGAUGAAGAAAAUCAAGGAGACACACUCACGGUAGAAGUCGAAUGUAAACCGGAAUUACCAGAUCCCAUUGAGAGCAUUCUUGAAAAUGAAGCCAGUGUGAGUGUUGAUGACAAUGACAACUCUGGUGGCGAGGACAAUUCCGAUGAAAAUGAGGACUGUGACGAUGAUGGCGGUACUGAUAAUAGUGAUGAUAAGGAUUACGAAGAGGAAAAUAUCACGGCCAAUAAAGAUAAAGACUCCGGCUUACCCAAGGCACAAAAGAGGAAAGAAGGGCCAUCUAAGCCCAAAAAGCAACAGACCAAAUAUGGACCUUUGAAGAAAAAAGAAUCGAAAGAGCAACGGACAGUGUUUCCUUGCGAUCAAUGUCCAAGGAAAUUUUUUGUAUUAUUCAGAUUCAACGCCCACAAACGCACACACGAUGGCCUUAAACCGUUUGAAUGCGAAAUCUGUCGAAGAGCUUUCAACACAGCAAAUAGUUUAAAGUUACACCGCAUACAGCAGCACAGUAACAAUAGAAUAUAUAUGUAUUGCGACCAUUCCGGGUGUGGGCAGAGAUUUGCGGACCAACGUGGACUUAAAAAGCAUCAAAAUCGUGUUCAUAAUCCCGACUACGUAAUGCCUGCCCAAAUUGCUCUUAUAUGUGACAUUUGCGGAAAAAGCUUUACCACGAACGGAGGACUGCAAAGACACAAGUACACCCACACUCCAGGCGAAAUGCCUUUCGUGUGCAAAAUUUGCUCUAAACAAUUUUCAACUUCCAACAAACUGAAAAUACACACCAUGCGCCAUGAAGGGGUGAAGAAUCAUACCUGCCCACAGUGCGGUCUUCGGAAAACAACUAUGCAUGAAUUGAAAACGCACAUAAGACAUAUGCAUUCAACGGAACCGCGUUCCUAUUCGUGCGAGACAUGCGCACGACAAUUCAGUAAUCCUGCAAGUUUGGGUCUUCACAACAAAACUGUACAUCUUGGUCUCAAACCGUACAUCUGCACGGUUUGCCAGUUUGCAUUUGGUAGGAGCGACCACCUUAAGCGACAUAUGCAGGGCCACAUGAGGGCUGGUUUACUAUAAUAAUAGUAUAGGAAAUUUAUUCAAUAAUGUGUACAAUGCUAGCAAAAAUAACAAUAAUGAACACAUCGUUCAUUUCCUUACUCAACGAGAUUUUCUAUAAGUCCUAAGGUUACAUUCAUUAUUUUAUAGGAGGAGAAUGACCCUUAG